CUUAGAUGUGGUGCAUCUGUCUCUGUGUGUGUGCAAUAUCUGCAUCGAAAUGCCAGAGCUACAGUGCGGAAGAAGGAACACACUGUGUACUGACCAUACGGUGACAGAACACCAAAAUUACCAAAAUUAAUAUUUGUGAAAGUUUAAAAAGACAUUUUGGACCAUUUGCCAAAUAUUAUUGUUGCCAAAAGUUCCCAGUCUGCAGUAUAUUUGUUUGGAUGAUGUAGAAGUUUUUGAUACUUGUGAACAAUCUAGUUGUAUAUUUGAUUUCUCGUGACUAAACGAGUAACGUACUCAAAACAUAUAUCACCUGACUGUCAAAACGUAUGGCUUGCUGACUUCUGGUGUGCAAGGCUAUGUUUGUGGCUAGCUGACUAUGUCUGUCAUACUCAGGAAUGUGCCACUUCCUUAGUUUGGUCCAAUUGCAGAGUGGCAUUUGCAAUUGAUUGUACUUGAUGGCAACCAGCAACAAUGGAUCAACCGCCAAUUAGAUACGAGAAACAUUUAUGAGAGUUUCUUACUAGAACAGUGUAAUUCAUUUUGUGAUUGCCGGGUCUUCGUGGAAAUAAACAACAGAACUUACUUGUUUAUAACUGCUAAUGCAAAAUCAAUCGCUUUCUUGGCUUACGACAUUCAUACAAGAACCUAACAUUGCAUAACCACGCAAGCUAUAUUUAUGUUCUGUAUCUGAUCACUCUUGUUAUUGUAAUUUGAUGAUUACAGACUAUUUACGGACUUUGUGUUCACAUGAAACAACAGUCACUUUGUACGAUUUUAGUUUUCAGAAGGCUCAUAGCUAUGGAAGCGACGAUGUAAACACAGCUUUAAUUGCUAUUGGAGUUUUCUUUUCAUGUUUGGGGCAACACAAUGUACUAGUAUGCAUGCAUGUUCCAUGGAGUGGACACAACGUUCUAGUAAAUUUGAUGGCUUUAAAAGGGCUCAGGAAUGUCGACCAGAGUGUUCAGGGCUGUCUCUGCUUUCUCUUCUUAUUAUGCCUGUCCAAAGAGUGCCAAGGUAUAAACUUUUAUUGGAAGAGUUGCUGAAGUACACUCCCCAUGAUGAUUUAGACUGGAUUAAACUUGAUGCUGCUUGUAAAAAGAUUGGUGAAGUUGCCAUUCAUAUUAAUGAACACAUACGUCAGCAUGAAAACUUCCAAGAGAUGCUGCGUAUCCAAAGAAGCUUGUCUGGAGUUCCAGAUAUUCUUGUACCUGGAAGACGUUUCAUAAAGGAAGGAUGUCUCAAGAAAGUGUGUGGUCGCAAGCUGAAGGAGAGGAUGUGUUACCUGUUUUCAGACUUGUUUGUUUAUGCUCGUCCAAAUAUAUUGGAGACAGUGGACUCAGCAUCGAGAUACCAUUGUCGAGGUGUGUUGGAGCUUGCUUUUUGCUCUGUAGCAGUUCAAACUUUUGAUGAUGUUUUGCAUCUGCCUAAUACAGAACUGUUGUUAAAGAUUCAGUGCAAAAACCACUCUCUGUUGUUGUGUGCUGGGUCUGAUGGUGAGACACAGUCGUGGUACAAUUCAAUGAGUGCAGCAAUAAGGGGCUUGCUUGAUCAGCAUCGCUGUUUGCUAGAAGAGGUUCAGAAGAGGAUUACAACUGACUCAACUCAUGCACUGCGAAAUCGAAUCUCAGCACACAUUGAUCAAAGCCUAGAUAAAACUUGUAAUGCCAGUGAUUGUUACCCAAAUGUUUCUCACAAUGGAUUUCCUCAUCUCUCUGACAUGACAAUGACUAGUGUCAAGACAUUGGAAAACAGUAUAAAUAGUGGACAUCAUUCUGUUGAUCACAAGGCAAAAGACAUGGCAACUAGACGUGUAACUGUGGAGAGUAGAAAUGAGGACAUUGAAGCAGAAGAUAUAAUUACCAGUGGCAGUAGUAACUUGCAGGCAGUAGAAAUGACUGGAAAGACACAUGGAUUGUGUGUACCUAUGCAAAGAGCAGCAAGAGGGACUGUAAAUAAGCUACAGACCACAACGUAUGAUGUUGAGAGACAGCGAGUACACUCAACCAUUUGUACUAUAUUGUAACAUGCAAAAUAUGAAAUGUUUUGUAGAGUAAUUAUAUUAACUAGCACUAGAUGUAACAUACUUCCCAGUCUGAUGACACUUCACUGAGCAAUGAAAACUGAAGCUUCUGUAGAUGACAA